AUGAAUUGUCGCGCUUCACAACGCUGCCUGUUGCAGCUUUUGCGGGAACCGGUGCGCUCGCGCUCCGUCCCAACUUUUCUCGUUCCUGCGCUUUCUCAGCCAUUGAGAUCGCAAUGUUUUUCGACUACUCCCGCAACGCAGUCCAGAAUCGGGAGCGCUCCGGUUUCUGUGCCCGCAGAAGUCAACUUGAAGUUCAUCGACCUUCCUCACGCAAAUACUCGCGAUCGUUCAAAGGAAAUUCCGAAGGUGGCUAUUGAGGUGAAUGGACCAUUGGGCCAAUUAACCCUCAACGUUCCCCCCUUUGUCACAGUCAACCACGACGAAGAACUCCGAAAGGCUACUGUCAACAUUCAGGAUGCAGAAAUUGCGCACCAACGCGCCAUGUGGGGGACGACACGCGCGCUUCUUCAAAACUACAUCCUUGGUGUUUCCGAAGGCCACAUUUGUAUCCUCAGUCUGGUCGGUGUCGGUUACAGGGCAAUGAUCGAACCCACGGCAACCACCAAGGAGCCGGAAUACCCCGGGCAGCAGUUUGUAUCGUUGAAAGUGGGUUACUCUCACCCAAUUGAACUGGGUGUGCCGAAAGGAGUGAAAGCUUCGACCCCUCAACCUACUCGUAUUCUUCUCGAAAGUAUCGACAAACAAGUCGUCACCCAGUUCGCAGCCGAGAUUCGAGCAUGGAGGAAACCAGAACCGUACAAGGGCAAGGGUAUUUUUGUGAAUGGAGAGACUAUCCGCUUGAAAUCGAAGAAGAUCAAGUGA